GUGGAAAGUGCUGUACACUGGUUGAGCUUUGAUAGCAGAGAUGCAGACUCAUUUAUCUCACCGAGCUGAGAUAGGGAUAGAAUUGGGUUCGGAUGAACUAAUCUGAGAGGAGAGGGAUUGGAAGUAUGUCUUAAAUGUUACAUAUUUUACGUUAAAAUGACGUCACGGGGUUGUCAGCUAAAACAGGACUGGCAGGUUGUUAGUCAGACGGAGGAGGAGAGGAGAGAGAGAGAUGUGUAAGAUAGGGAGUGAGGGAGGACAGCGCGCGCAGGGGUGAUAACACCAUCUAUCUAUCCAAAUGACGAGCGUUUCUUUCGCGCGCUUCACUCAUCAUGCAAUGGAAACUGUGCAUCUGUGAACUCCGAAGUGGUGCUUCAUCCAUGACUCUUCUUGUUUUCUUUUCGCGUCACAAAUUUAUUUGAGCUCUGCAAAGAUCCGAGAACUAUCGAAGAGAUUCUGUAGCCAAUGUGACGACUCUUGUGACAUGCUUGUGCGCCACGGAAAUCCCGAUAUUUUAUCCAGCGUUUUCUCCUGUUUUUGCCAUCGCGCGAUAUGAUAACAAUGCAGGAAAGUGCGCGGUGACCGCCAGCGCAGCUCACGGGCGAUGUUGACGCUGUCACCUUGCGCCUUGUUCCCACAGCUUCUUGACUUUUCCAGUGGAGUAUAAUUUGAGGUUUUCAUGAACUUGUGACUGCACAGAAGGCGACUGUUGAGAAGCAACUGAACCGUCCAGCUGCCCACGCUGCCGCUGGGUCGCUCAACGCAUCCUUGCCCACUUAAGAAAACAGCGAGCAACUAAAGGGGGGCAAGACGCGUCCUUGUUUUUCGAGAAUAUAUUUGCCCAAUCCUUUCUGGUGCGCCCUGGAUAGACCUGGAGCUAUUUCAAGCUUCCUGUUUCUCGGGAUAUAUAACAUUAGAAUGUUAGCAUCAAUAACAUCUGGAGUAAGGUGUAUAACUUAAAGGUUAUCAUUACGCUCGAGCGUCGACGUUUGUUGGAACGCAUAAAUGGACGAAUACCAGGAGGAUUGAUUCGGAAUUGUUGUCGGGAAAAAUGUGGCUAAAACGGUGUGUCACACGCAGUUCCAUGGUUGCUUGGAGACCUGGGGGAAUGCUGGGAUGUAGAAUGUGGAUCCUCUUCGUCCUUGUCCAUAUAACAUUGGAUCUGUCUCUGUGUGCACCAGCAGGCCAGGGGCUCAUACUCAAACUACUGCCCAGAACAGUGCCCUACCGGCAGCCACACACUCUGCCUAUUCGGGACAUGCUCAAUGGCCAGCACACGAGGACUCUGGGCACCUUGCAUCAUGGUUUUUCCACCCCUUUGCCAUUACAGCUGGGGGGCACCACGUUAUGGGGGCAAAGGAACCGCCGGUCUCUCCAGAAACAACAACUUUGUGCAGAGUGCAAAUUGACCCCCUCCGACAAAGGAAAGUCAGUUGCAUUACCAGAUGGGAGUAAAUCUGAUUUAAAUCUGCAUUUAUCUCGCUCACAGAGGCAGCUGAAAGGGGAUGCCUAUGACUCCCUGGAGGGGAGGACCACCACAGUGGCAGGAUUUAUUGACUGGGGCCCCACAGGGGUUGAUGAGGGACUUGAGGAGGAUGCAAGGGUGAUCCCCAACACCACAGUCACCUCAAUAACACCCUCCACCACCACAGUUGGUGUAACUAGCACUACUACACGGAGCCUCCAAAGGACGUAUGCGGUGAUUACAACCACGCAUCCUAAAAGUCACAGCACCACACAGCCAAGCGCUAACUCCAGAGUGACUGCCAAACCACAGAAACCCUUUGGGGACACACCAGGUCUGGCUGUUCACCAGAUCAUCACCAUCACUGUGUCCCUCAUCAUGAUCGUCGCAGCCUUGAUCACUACUCUAGUCCUUAAAAACUGUUGUGCGCAAUCCGGGAAUGGCCGACACAGCAGCCACCAGAGAAAGAUCAACCAGCAGGAGGAGAGCUGUCAGAACCUAACCGACUUCACGCCUGCCCGCGUGCCCAGUAAGGUGGACAUCUUCACUGCCUACAACGACAGUUUACAGUGCUCGCACGAGUGUGUGCGGGCCGGCAUACCGGUGUACACGGAUGAGAUGAUCCAGCACACGCCAAUCUACAAGACCUCUUAUAAUGGAAAAAGACCGUCGCCCACUGAAAGGCAGCUAAUCCCUGUGGCCUUUGUGUCUGAGAAAUGGUUUGAGAUCUCCUGUUGAGGCCCUUUUACUACCUUUGGGUUGAGCCCACGUCUUCAAUAUGUGCCCCGGAUCCCAUUGGAAAACCUGUGAAUCAAGCAUAAGAACAAGACUAAAACACAAUAAAGCUAAACAAAACCGCAACAACAACAAACAAGCAAUUACAGAGAUGGAAACAGAGAUGAACAAGUAGAUUUGUGCAAAUGUUUGAUCUCUCUAGAAAUGGACUGAAGAUGUUUAUUUUUCUAGACUGAUUACAGUGCUAUGGAUGCCACUCCCAGAUUAUUUUCCAUGGACAUGUGGUAAUUUAGAGAUGAUAUACCUAGAGCUGAUAUAUUAUAUACGUAAAUAAUUGCACAUGUGAGUGUGCUGGAGUGGAAUUCGGCUGCUGAGAGUUUGAGAAGAUGCUCUCUAUGGCUACGUCUGCUUGAAUGGAGGAAAGACUAUUCUGAACUUUGUGCCAAUAAUGCCAUUAUGUGCCACUACAUAUAUAGAUGGGACACGUUCAGUUUCGUGGAAAAUUAUACAGACACAACAUCAAAUAAUAUUUAGUGACUGUCUCCUAAUAUCAAUCUGUCAUACAUUUUUGUAUAAAAAUGUAUGAAUAUGUAUUUGAAACAUGUUUUGAAAUAGCUGAGGAAAUGUGUUACAAAUGUCCAAAAAAAAAAUAUUUAUAUGGAGCACUAUUCAGUUAGAUUAAAAAAAAUGAACCCUUUGAGGAAUAUACCCAGGUUUUGAUUUCACUACAUUCUUAUAGGCCCCGUUUUAAAGGAAUAGUCUCUAUUUUUAUAUAAACUAGGUUAUUUAUGAGUCAGACAGACCUAAUUCAACUGUACUUUUGGGACUGUUAAUCUGCAAGCUAAGGUUCCAUGAUGAGUUGAAAGUUUUUUUUUUAAGAAACCUAUUUACAGAAUUCAGUUUCAGUAUUCAUUCAUAGCUUAUUUUAUUUGCCAAAGACACGUUUCCAUUUUUUUUUGUAUUUUUCUUUUGUACGAGUUUACCUAACAUAAUCAAUGAGAAAUUACACGUUUACGGACUCACAGGCCCUCAGAAGUACAUCAGCUGGUAUAAGGGUCAUGUUUAAAUAACACAAUAAUGACUGAUUAUCCAUUAAAACAUAAAAAAAAUUAUAAUAAUAAACCUCCUCUAAGCAUUCGUUUCAAAGCGUAUUUUGAUAAAUCACCAGACAGUGUUUAAUAGUCUUGUGCAAAGAUUCAAACAGAGAACAAAAUGUUUACUUUAUUUUCAUGCCUAGUAAUGGUUCACUGCCAACUUGCUUUAAUUUAUGUUUACUUACUGUAUAUUUAUUUGCAUAAUGGAAACUAAAUAUAAAACAAAAAUGUUACAUACAAGGAAAAUCAAGGAAUGUCCUUUUGUGUGACAUUUUUUUCUUAUUUAAGCUAUUAGUUUAUAGUUGUUUAUUAGUUUAUAAGCAUUUUGUUUUUUGUUUUUCAUAGAUUGGUUCAAUCGAGCAGAACUGACUGAAAAACGAUAAUAGUCCAUCUGAAAUGUUCCUUCACCAGAAAAUGAAAUGUCUAAUGCCAAUAAUUUUAAUAGAUAUCAGCAGUGCAGUAGUUUGCACAAAGCACUAAACUUGCCAAUCAAUUUCUUUUAUUGAUAAAUUCAGUGAGUUGCCUGUCAAUAUAAAUGACACUUUGACUUUGUGUGUGUGUGUGUGAGUGUCUGUGUGUAUAAGUGCGUGUGUGUCUGAGAUCGCAACACUCCUCAAGCAUUGCCAGACCAAAGAGCUCUGUUGUGGGUAGUAGUAUGUGAACAAACUAGGCCAAUUAUUCUAUAUAUGAUUAUGGACAUAGAAUAAGGGACAAAAAAUGUAACUUUAAUAUCCCCAAAUCAUUAAAAACAGAAAUGACACUGUACAAAACGAAGGCAAACACUGUGAACAGUGAAAGUAGUUGUUUGCAAUAGUCUGUCACUGAAAGUGAAAUUCUUUGGAGUAAAUUUGAUUGUACAUGUACUGUAUUUUGUCAAAUGUGACUCAAAAUGUGUAUAACCACUUUCAUCCUCGGAAGACUGCAAUACAUACAAAGAAGUUACAGUAUGUCAUCAUUAUAGAGGUUUGCUCCAUAAACUGUAAGUUUUUUUCUUCUUCUCCACAAUGUCUGUAAUUGACUGAUUUACUGAUUAAUGUGAACUGCGCUGGCCAAUCGUUUAGAAAAAUCUAAUAACCAUGUACUAAAGGAUUACUAAAGCUCUGUAUUAUGUACAUGUGUAAAUGUGUUUUCUAUAUAUUUAACUCUAUUCUAUCUUGUGUGAUUUUUUUUAAGCUCUAUUUUUCAGAGAAUCAGUGGAUACGUUUGAGAAAAAGUUUUUGUUUACAUUGCAUAACUAGCUACAGAUGUUACUGACACUUACUUUGUGUGUCAAGCCUCAAAACCUUGUUUCAGCUGUUGCUGUGGUUCUCCUAUUAAUUAGGAAAUCCCAGGUCAUUUGCAUUGCAUUUUAAUAAUGAAUGGAAUCACUACAUUUAACAAGGGAAACAGAUUUUUUGCAGUGUUUACACAUUAUCCUCUAAUUAUGGAAGGGUUUUUUUUUAUCCCAAAGAAUGUGACAGAUCUAUCAGGAGUCUAUCAGGAGAUGAGUCGAAGUAUAUGCUGAAACAGAUUGCUUUAGAUAGGACUUGUAUGACAUACAGUAGAUAUCUUUCUUUUUUGAGUUACAUUAAAAAAGUUAAUCUGUGUAUUAUAAUUUUUCUAGCUUUCAGAGAAUGAAAACGACUCCUAACUAUAUCAGUCGACAGCUCAAUAAACUAAACGUCAAUAAAAAAAAAGCCAAUAAACACCACACAGACACCUGGCCCGUAUGACUGCCAGCACAGGAGGGGAAGAUUUCAUGCUGUGAGUCUGAUAAACAUGUCUGGAGCUUUGAUUGAGUAUGUAAUAUUGAUUUCUUGUUCAAUCUUGACACAGAGCUCAGAAUCCGUAGAACCAAAAGCAGAAUAAAAGGUUAACUGACCAUUUUCAUCUGUGCGUUAUACCUGAAUGUGCUUUUAAUUCGUUUAGAAUCUAUAUUAACAUUUUCUUUGAAGGAAACAACCAAGUCUGCUCAAUCCAGUGCAAUAUUUAUUUUUUCUUAAGAAUGUUUAAAAAUCAGAGCCCUCCUCAUUGUUUGACAUGUAAGUUAUGCACUGCUUAAUUUAAAGGAUUAUUUUGUUGUCAUGUGUUGUAUUUGUA